UUGUAUGACCUGAUGACGAUGGCUGUCAAAUAUCAGAUAUCACUCUGUCUCAAACCUAAGGAUAUUCUUCUUGUUACUCUAAACCACAUGGAUGCCAUCAGAAGCUUUGUUUGUGACAACCCAACACUCAAGGCUGGUGUAGAGGGCGUUUGUCGUCUGCUCUUAAAGACCUUUUCUGGUGUAACAUUGGGAGAGUUUCAGCUCAUACGACAGACACUUUUAGGCUUCUUUCAAGACAUGCAUAUAAGGGUGUCGAUAUUCUUGAAAGAGAAGGUGCAGAGUUCUAACGGGCGGUUUGUUCAUUCCCUCGGUGGCGCUGUUCCAUACGGCACAGAGAUUCCAGGAACAAUCAGAUAUUUCAACCGAGAUGGGAAGCAGGUUGAGACGGAGGAGUUCUCCUGCCCAGGGAAGUACAUUGCCUCCUUCAAGGAGGGCUCGUUUGAUAUGGAAGGAGACAGGGUCAUCAAGCUCGGAAGGAACAUGUACUGUACAUCAAAGACGGGAGAAGCCACAGUCAUGGGGGACUCCGGCGGCAGGGGCAAAUCAAAAGCCUCCGCGGAACAUGCAUCAGCUAAUCCUAAUCCCAUGGUGAAAGCAGAGCUUAAUCUCCUGGCUCAUCUGAUGGGUGCGGUAGAGAAGAAAUCUGCUGGUCCUGGCAAAGAAAAUGAUUUUAGGAUCAGCAUGUUCAAUACAGAUGAAGAAGAAGAGAAGUUUGCUGCUGCUCGACCUCCUCCAGACAUGUAUGAUUUCAAGGUCAUCAACAUUGAUGCCUCAAAGAUCCAGACGAGCGAGGAGCUGAGUAGAAUAAUGGGCGACAUGGCCAUCCCGGAUGCCACAGGUCCUUCCAAUAAGGGCGAUGACCUUUUAGAACUAAUGGACAGCGCAUCAUGAGGUCAAAGGUCACAACUUAAUAUAGCAAUCAGAUUUUAAUUCUUGAUGUAUUAUACAUGUAUACAUUCUUAUAUGUGCCAUUAAUGUCGAGUGUUUUGAGAGACAGUUUUAGAUGUUUGUACUGCUCCGGAAUUGGAUAUUUCUUUAACUUCUUACACCUGAAUUCACUGGAAAAACAAUAACCAUGGGAUAAUAUGAUUCACAGGAGAAGUUACAAGAUCUGGGUCCCGUAACACAAAGGUUAUCGAUUAAUCGUAUGCUUGAUUUUCACAAUGGAUUGUACAUUGUAGUCAAUGUAAUCAAUCGUGGAAAAAUGUUCUACGAUCAUUGAUAAACUUUGUGUAAUUGGCCUCUGAAUGAUAAAAAUGAAUCUUUGUGCGUGGUUGUUUUGUGAGAAAUGACACUGCCUUCUUCAUAAAAGUGAAUUUAGAUUGCAUUGUCUGGUACAAUGUAGAAAAGCAUCCUGUUCAAAAUGGUGUCGUGAACAGUGAGAAUAUCAGGGUCUUAUUUUCGUCUGCCUUUUUGGGUGCUUGCAUUCCCUGAAUCUGAUUUGCCAUCGAUUAUAAUCGUCCUUGGUUCCACUCUUGAGUAGUCUGUUGGAAUCUGAAUGUUACUCUAUGGUUUUUUUUAGAAAGGUUUGUAUGUUGAUAUCAAAGGACUUGUAAAAAUGGUGGAAUACGAAGCACAUGCAAGAGAGUCCUUAGGUAUUGACGUACAUUAAACCGUAUGGAUUUAAAAUAUCUGGAAUAUGUAUUUAUGCAUUACAUAUACUUAUGUAGGUGGUAUAUGAAUUAUCUUUCUGAUUUAGUGGAGCUUGGUCCAUGUUUGAUAAUGUACAUGUAUGUACAUUUAGUUUGUAGGCAUGGGCGUAAAUAAAUGAUGUCACACUAUUCAAGUGGGGUGAUGAGAUAAAAGUUCAUCUCUCCCUAAACAAUAGAUUCUCUGUGUGAAUUUAUGCCAGUAACUAUAAGUUUUGAUUUGUUUGCAUAUGUGUGUUUCAUGGAUUUUAAUAAGUACCCGUAAAAUUUAAAAGACAGUACUAGAAGUUUGUUGUAUCUAUGUGAAAGUGACAUUCAUGAUAAUGACCAAUGUUGCCACACUUGGGGGGGGGGGGUGGAAGAAUCCCCCACACAUCAAGUGAUGGUAUGUUGGUUAUAAGGCAUUUGUCUGCAUUGUACAUGUAUAUUUCUUUACACAUGACUUAUAAAGGAAAAGUUCACCCUGAAGGUAAUUUGGUGUUAUGAAAGCAGAAUAUAAUAAAAGUUUGAUAAAGAUCUGUCAAAGAAUAACAAAUUUUUUGAUUUUCAAAGUUUAAUUUUGUGUCUUCACAUGUGAUGUUACUUCCUUUGUAAAAAUGCUUUUUUUUCCAGAAAAUUAUAAAUAGCUUAUCAUACAUAUUAGUUCAUAUAGCAUGCUGUAAGAAAAAUAUUUAAGUCAUCAAACAUUAAAAAUAUGAAAUUAAUGGAAUAUAAAUUACAUUACCUUGGGGCAGUGGCCCUCUGAUGAUGUCACAAAUCAAAACUUAACAAAACCAUAAUUCCCUUAUUCUUCGAUGGAUUUUUGUCAAAACCUUCACCAACACUUUUUUGCUUUUGUUAAAAAUAAACUUAGCAUCAUUUAAACUUCCCAUUUAAAGCUACUGGUCAUGUAGUUGCAAAUAAAAUAAGUGAUUUCCAAGGUAGUUUCUGAAUCUAUUGCCAAUGCAUAUGAAGGUAUUUAUUUUGUCGUAUCAAUUUUUGAAAAGAAAAUUAUGGAUUGUUCUACCUUUGAAUUGUAAAGAUCUGUCCAUGGGGAUUUGUGCAUAUUAUUUGAUAGCUGCAUUUGAAUCUUGAAUUUUUUUUUGUGUGUGUUGUUUAGUUUUCUUCUCUUUUUUUUUGCAGCAUAUCACAAUGUUGUACAUUAUAUUUGUGCUGAAGUGUAUGUUGUGUAUAACAAAUCAGAUUUAUAUUUUUGUCUGGUCAGAAAAGACUUCAAUUUGCAAAUGUUUUUUUCUUUUGAAUGUAGAGGUGGCUUGAGUUUGUGUUUUAUAUGUAGAUUAUUUCUUUAUCAUUAUAUGAGGACAUAAUAUCAUAAUUUUUUUUUCAAAAGUUUCCCAAGAUAAUGUAACUAAACUUCAUUUUACAUCUCUUCACCUAAUCAGGAAGGGUGUUUUACAAGGACAAAAAAUUAAU